AUGACUAGUCACCCAUAUGAGGCGAUCGAGGUGACUCCAUCGCGUCGCCGUCGAGCCUCAACGGAACACAGCACCGGCCUUGAUUAUUCCACCUGUUCCCGAGUUGACGAAGCCAUCGACUCCCGCGUCAGAUCGCUUUUUUUGUCACGAAACGAACACUGUCCGCCACGAACUCCAAACCCAUCCGACGAGCCUCAUCAGCGCUAUACCGGAUCCUGCGAUCUCGGUCGCGGAUUCGAUUUUGGCUCUGCGAAGAGCGUCGCAAAAUUGGCGCGUCAAUCUACCGGACGACUGAGCGUUCCGAAUAUCAGCAGAGCUCCAACCAAGAGGCUUGUUGCCGAUAUGGAGCCUCGCAGGCUAUCGCUCCUGGAACCUAUUCUGCGUACGUCCAGCUCAGCGAAGGACUUGAAAGCUCCCGUGGGCCCAAUCCUAUUGCCCGAACCCAAGAGCAAAUUCCGAUUCCCCAAAAUCGUCUUGCAGGACAAGAAGGCGCCAGAACUGGAGGGCAUCCAGUCAUGUAUCGAGAUAAGUCCACUUCUAUCUGGCGAUGAUGCCCAAAUCCAUGAGCAAGACCUGGAGUGUUGCCCGCCGUGCGAUCCCCUCGAUCCACAACCAUCGAAGUAUCUCGUCAAGCACGCCAAGCUCCCGAGUCCAGGCCUGGAAAUCGAAGCUUCAGACUUGGCAUGCUUCAUGGGUGGCUGCGAACCAGGUAUCCAAAACUGCCCCAAACAUCGUCGCCGAUCAAACUCAGUGUCUGUUAGAACCCAGUCGCAAGAGGCGCGUAUUGAGGAGGAUUUUAGGUCAAUACCGGAGGGACUGGCGAGGUUAGGAAUUACUGUCAAAAACCGCAAACCCACCAGGAAGAGUACCCCGGUGAUCGUUACGGGCGAUGGCUACGAUACUACACGAUACAACACCGACGAAAAGUCAUCGCGGGAGGCCAGUGGGUCAGGCGGCGCGGGGACGAACGAGAUGCGCAGCCUUUCAGCAAGCGGACCAGGCCGUAGCCGAAAAGCCUUGAGGUCACCGAUAGAAAAAGCCUUUUCGCCUAUCAGCAGUGCCACUUCUGGCUCUACCAUGGACGCAUUUCCUCUGGCUUUAAAAUCUUUGGAGCUUGCGGCAAAGGAGGAAUCGUCAAAUCCCUUCUCUACCACAGUUGCAACAAAUUUCAGCUUACCAGGAUACAAAGCCAAACGUGCCUCGCAAACAUUGCGUACCAAGCUUGCUGGGAUGACUCCUCAGAACGAUCAGACUCCGACUCAGGAUGAUGUCGCAACGACGAAAGCUCCUGGGCCGCUCAGUUUUAAUCGGGCUAAGAUGAAUGGAUCUACAAUCGCCAUACAGCCUGUAUUUGAGCAGGUAUCUACGACAGAAGACCAACCACCUCGUCGUUCCAGAACUUCCAUACCUCGCAAACCGGUUCCGUCCAGUGAUCAGGGCCAAAGCCGGGAGGCCGGAGCUACAAAGCUCAAAGUGCUCUUCACUCCCAAGCCUUUGGACACCGGCAACGCCGAUCGCAAGCCAUCCGAUGUGUCUGUGAGCCCAAAGCAAACUGUCCAAGAUUGGUCAAACAAUCAGACAGACACGCAAGUAAACAAGUUCGUUCGUGAGAAAAACUCCGAUGCGUCCCUGAGGUCCAACAAUGCCUCUUUGAGAUCCAAGCCAUACAAUCCCUCUCUUCUCUCUGGGGCAUCAAGAACUUCGGUCAUUCGACAUGCGUUGCUGAAGCCUUCUGUUACCGAUACCUCACCGGUCGACACAGGCUUGCCAGUUCCUCCUCUUCUAUCAGCCAUCUCAAGUCUAUCGGAGCAAGUCAUGCCCAGCGAACCCGCAUACCAAGAGAUACUCAAAUCUGCCGGGUCUGAUACUAAAGGGAAAGAAGUGCAAAAAGUAACCGAACAUUCCGAUACUGCUGAAUCUAUAGAAGGCGACAAGAGGAAGACAAGGAAACCAGGAUUUUCCGGUGUUGAGGCCUCUGGAUCCAAAAUAUUGUUGAAGAGUCCGACUGGAAGCACGAACGAUAAAAAAAGCGAUGUGAAUGGCAGUUCCGCGCCGAUGGGCGAAGAAAUCUUAAUAGUCUCGUCUAAAACGCCUAAGAUCUCGAAAGAUCAGGUCGCUGCUGCUACCACUGGGGCCAGUAAUGAGGGUCUUUCAGGUUUCGUACCUGGUGCUGAUACAGCGCGGAACCAUACAUUGAUGCCGGCUCAGGCGGCGCCUGCUCUGGGGGAGACUCAAGUGUCACCUCCUCCUCAAGAGAAAACCCAAUCCGGAUUCUCAAGAGCUAUCCAAUUCGACCAAUCCCAGUUUCCUUUCGAUUCUUCAAAUGCAGCGUAUUGGGGCUUUGUUCCCGCUGUGAGAGAAGCCGUACAGAAUGCAGUCCAAAUAGCUGUUCGAAAUGCAGUCCAGGACAUUGUGAUACCGCCUGGAAUGGACAGAGCGUCUAAUGCAUACAGGCAACUUGUGUCAGAUUCCCUUACCCGAGCUUCAAAUAACGCAGACGAGUAUAUCCAACAAGCAUCCGUACGAAAUAACGUAUAUUCUUCUGUCCAAGAUUCAGAGGCUACUGUUGUCUUUCCAAGCCAAAGAAAAGUAAACGCAAUCAACGUUGACACAGUCCCUCUGACUAAGGGUUCUCCUGUGGCGGCUUCGUACCCUGGAUCAGUUCACUCACGGGACCAAGAGAACGACCGUGGACACGGACAGCCCGGACAGGUUAAUAAAAAAAGCAGAGUCGGUCCGCCCUCUGCUGGUACCAGCUCAAGCAAUUAUCCUGGAAGUGCUCCUCAUAGUCAGCCACUGUCUCCACGGCCCAUGUCGCCCAACGAACUGGAAUGUAUAGCUCUUGAUGCAGAAGAUAACCCUCCUUGUGAAGACGCCAACGAAGCUUUGAAGUUAUCCAAAGCUUCUGCAUGGAAAAGAGGUUCUUCUGCUGGGUAUACAGCGAUCCCCACUCGUCAUUCUUCUAGAUACCGGGUGCUGAAUCCCAAAAUCGAGGCAAUUAAUUCGCCUGCAAAAGUAUCUGUCCAAGGUUCGCUGAUGGGUCCCCGCAAACGAUCAUACGAGCGCCUUGUCAACAGGGGAAGUCAAGGACUGCGGUCGAUCUCCUCCGCCGGGUCACUCAGGAGUGCUGGAUCCGGAGACGGAGACAGAGGAAGGAGUGGCGAAGAUCCGAUUGCCGGACAAAAAGGUGCAGAUUGGCGCGACAGCAUCAGCUCUGCUAAUAAUGAUCUCCCAGGAGAGAAGCUCGGCCGGAAGAAUACAGUUCAUUGGCUCAAGAAUCUGCUGUCAACAAAUGGUCCCUACGAGACUCGGUUCACGACGUUGCCACCGAGCUCGAGGGACAAUCGGAACUCUUUCGGUAGACCACUCAGAUCUCAGACUGCUCCCGUAAAACCUGUUAGCGAGCUGUACUUGGGUAAAGACUCGAAGCCUGUGUAUACUAAGACAGAUAUCAUGAAGCCGAAUGGGGCCAAGCUCAGACAGGAUAAGCGAACUGAUAUCUCGGAGACCUUUACACGCACGAUCAAGGAUUUGGAGAAUCUCAUGAACGAAGCUCUUUUGAUUGCCAGGGCAGCGACAGAUACCCCUGAUGCAGCGAACCUGCAAGCUGACCUUCGGGAUUCUAUUGAUGUACUGCACAACACUCAAAAAGGCUUGCCUGGUGCUGUUGAUGCUCUGGCAUCUCAUCUCAAGAACAAUCAAAUCCGGUCGAGAUGGCCCACCAGUUACUCUGACUCGGAAUCCAGCGAUAUAAGCAUUCAUGAGAGCCUGCGGGAUUACUCUGGAAGUAGCAGUGAUGAAGAGGAAAACGACACUCAUAGCCCAACCCAGUCACGAAGCAUUACGGUUUCUGCCAGCAAGUUGUCACCAAAACACUCUUCCGGAUGGCCACCAACUGGGCGAGGUUUAACCCCAUACCCACCGGCCUCUGUCCCAGAAUCGCGUACAUCUAUUGCUGUUGAGGGUCGUCCUGAAAUCAAUCGACAAGACUCCCUUGAGCAAAUUCGUUCAGCAGAUCCUCGAUCGAUGCGCACUGAGACCGAUGUUAACAUCUCGAAGAUGAGUACGGCUUCAAAUCAGCUAAGAUCAAAUCGUAACAGCGAGUCAGGCAUUCAAGCGGGCUCGAGGAGGAUGACUGCUGCCACUUUCCCUAUCCUGGAUCCCCAGCAUGAGUAUUUGGACGAAAACGAAGGCAAGCCAGAGUUCAGAACACUUGAGCCAUUCAAUUCCGGACCCAGUGCCGGAUCCCGAAAGAGCUCUGCCAAAUCUCCGAGACGACUCAGUCCGCAAAGAGCAACUGUGACAAGCACCACAGGUAUAGAUUACAAUGACAUUGUGCUUGAUACCGCUGGCGAUCCUCCGCCCCGAGGAACCAUAAUUCCUCUACCCCAGAUGACUCCUCGUCGGGGUACUGGCUUCGUUCCUGUCUGUGCCAAAGAGCAUUCUGAAGAAGAUCACCAAGCUAUUCGCUCAAAGCUCGCAUCAAGGGACGUUCCAGGAAAGCAAGAGGAGAGAUCCAAGUUUAUAUCCGGCCAAAUUAUUCAAAGGACCCAGACUGGACAAACUGGGAAGACGUAUAAUUGGCAGGAUGUUGAUCAGAGCAAGAUCGAGCCUUGCUCCCGUCCGGAUUCUAGGCGUCCGACAAUAGCACAAAUCAUAGAUCCGAAUCGGAGACGCAACUCGUAUAGCUUGGAUGGCUCCCACGCUACUCAUAGUGAGGUAGUCGAUUUCGAAGUCGGAUAUGGUGUUCGACACCGUGGCGGGGCAGGGGAGAAAAAUCGAAGUAGAGGAGGUCAAGAUGCCAUUGAGUUGCGUGACCUUCCGAACCCAACUCUUCCUCAAACCAACAAGUCAGGAGAGAGCAGCAGGAGGAAUAAUUUCUCUCUCGGGGGCAAACGGCAUAUAAGCUUAAAAGAGCAUCACCUCAAGGGAUUCAGUCUGGCCAAGUCUCACAAGAAGAAGACCAUUGCGAGAGAUUGGCCCCCCGGUCGGAAGCGAUUUGUUGCAACUGUUGCCUGUAUAAGUACGGCAUUGAUUGGACUGCUGGUGGGUAUCUAUGCAGGAGAGACACCGGCUAUCCAGUACAUGAUCGUCGAUUUCCAUCACUACACCGUGCUUGGAAAUGUGUUUUUCUUCAUCGGUCUGGCUAUUCCGACAUUCUUCUUCUGGCCACUGCCCCUCCUUCACGGACGGAAGCCAUACAUUAUGGGUGCAAUGUCGCUCGCCAUGCCUCUUCUGUUUCCCCAGGCUCUUGCUGUCGGCGAGUUCAGAUCCCCGUAUGUAUCUAGGUGGAGAGUCGGACUCAUCAUGUCCCGAGCUCUGAUGGGAUUCUGUCUCGGCUUCGCAAACAUGAAUUUCAAACAAAUGUUGACAGAUCUAUUCGGAGCAUCACUGCAGAGUACAAACCCACAUCAGGAGCAUGUAGAUGAAUUUGAUGUCAGGCGACACGGAGGUGGUAUGGGAAUCUGGCUUGGUCUCUGGACAUGGUCUGCUCUUGGCUCCAUCGGUAUCGGCUUCUUGAUUGGGGCUAUGGUCAUCAAUACCUUGAACCCCGCUUGGGGCUUCUAUGUCAGCAUUUGCAUCAUUGCAUUUGUGAUGCUGCUAAAUGUCUUGUGCCCCGAAGUCAGACGUUCUGCGUUCAGAAGAUCAGUGGCCGAGGUCGUUAACGGCCCAGAUGUGUCUCGCAGAUUGGCUCGUGGGGAAGUUAAGAUGCAUAUGGUCCAAUCUGGUCCCAAAUGGUGGGGUGAAGAAUUCCACUGGGGCGUGCAGCUUACCCUAAAGAUGUUACGACAACCCGGCUUCCUCAUCAUGGCUCUGUACGUGGCUUGGAUCUAUGGACAGCAAGUGCUAAUCACCUUGCUUUUAGGAGCCUUGAUGUCCAAGGACUACAAGUUCAAAUCUCCAGCGGUUGGUGCCAGUGUUCUAGCAAUACCACUGGGAGCCUUGGUUGCCAUUCCGUUCCAGAAGGCAUCUAUUUUCAGCCGAGCCCGUCAAAUAGCUGCUACCAGUGAUGACGCUACUUUUAAGAAAAAGAUCUCUUGGACCUCUCACAUGGUCAGACGCUCGAUCUUCAUGUUGGUGCUCCCACUGGCUGGCAUAGCCUAUACCCUCUCAUCUGGCGGGCCACCAGUUCCGUUCAUUAUUCCUAUACUGUUUGCUGCUCUCAUCGGAUUCUUGUCCAACCUCGCUAUGGCGGAAUGUCAUGGUAUUCUCAUGGAAACCUUUGACACAUCUGAUCUCCAACCCGGGAUGACGGGUCGCAGCAAGACUGCCAAUGGUAUGAAGCGUACCAACUACUCCUCGUUUCCACGUGUGGCAUCUGCUUUCGCUAUUACUCAAGGCUUUGGAUACUUGAUUGCUGCCGCUGCUUCUGGCGUUGGCGGUGCUCUUACUCGUCACCUUGGACAGCAGGCAGCAACAGGUAUCAUGGCAGGGGUACUCUUCGUGCUUUCGCUCUUGCUUAUCGGCACCUUGAUUCGCUUCACAGACGUCCAAAUUAUCCCGGACUCCCGUAAAGAGGAAAUGGAGCGGUAUCAUAAUGCCCGUCGGGUGUCGGCUAUCCGCAAAGAAGAAGGCAUUGAUGAGGAAGAGCCUUGGCAUCCUAUCAUCAUAGGAAAUCCUCACCACACUACGCGUCGCAUGUGUCUCCUCGAACUUGGCAGUAUGUCUCGUUUCAGUGAGAUUCGGAUCAAGAAUAAAUUGGUCGAUGAGAUGAGUCUUGAAGCCAAACAUCCGAAUCAGGCAGCGAUGAACGACUUGAAGCAAAAGAUCCACGACAAGGAGAUGGAAGUCGUCAAUCAGGUCCGCAGAAGCUUGAGUCGCCAUAGUUCUCUAGGGAGUAGACGGAGCCGUAGUGAUGCGCCCGAGCAAGGUGACCUUGGAGGACACCGAGAGAUGCUGAACCGGGUCGGCUCGGGAAACGGGAGUGGCAAGCCGGCUCUGUCUCGUGGAGCAAGCGCCCGAGGCAGCGCCCGGAAGGGAACGAGUAUGGCGAGGAUGGGUAUCGCCGAGCAAGAAUGA